UCAGUUUCUUGAAGCUCAACACAACUUCAGGAUUAAUUUCUUCACUGUGCACACAUUAUCUAAAACAAUGAGAUAUCUGAUGGUUUUGUUGUUUAUGGUGAUCUUCUGCUCUCUGGAGCUGCAUGAAGCCCCAGUUCGCUUUUUGGCCAAAUCAACAUGCUGUUUUAAGUUCAGCAAUGCACAGAUUCCUCUGAGACUGGUGAAGUCGUACUAUUGGACUGACCGCAGCUGCUCCAAACCAGCCAUUGUGUUUCAGACUUACAAAAGGAAUAUCUGUGUAGCUCCACGAACCAGCUGGGUGAGCAACCACAUCGCUAAAAUUGACACAAUUAUUACUAGAGCAAAGACCCAAACCAACACCAGAUUGUUUCAAGAGCCAGAUUUCACAACAAAAAACACUGAAACCAGCACAGAUAACCACUAUAUUGUUAAGAAGGACGACAUGAGAACCAUAACAACAACUACGAAACCUGAAAAGGACGACAUGAGAACUAUAACAUCAUCAACGACCCAACCAACCAACACCAGGUUGUUUCAAGAGCCAGAGUUCACAACACAAAACAUUAAAGGAGUCAGACUCAAGAUGUGUUUAAAAAAUAAAAUAUAAGGAGUUACAAAUUUAGAAGGUUGUGAAGAAUGUUUAUUAAUGUAUUAGCAAAU